GCUCCCCGUCCUUGCUGGGCGUUGAAUUCAUUUCUGCAAUCUUUGAUCCUCGCACGAGCAGGAGUCGAGUACAUUAUCUUCACUAUCACACGUUCGUCAUCUCUUAACUCGUCCGUUCUUUGUCGCCGGAAACCCUGGCUCCACUCGUCUCAAUCCGGCUCUGAUAUCAUUAACGGCCGUCCGUCCCUGGGCCGAUCCCUCUCUCUCCCUUCUUUGCUCUCUAUCUCUUCCAAACCACCCACUCACACGACACAAAAUGUCCAGCCAACCUCUCCUCCAAACAGCGCCAGGCAAGCGCAUCGCCCUUCCCACCCGCGUGGAACCCAAGGUGUUCUUCGCCAACGAGCGGACCUUCCUCUCGUGGCUCAACUUCACCGUCAUUCUGGGCGGCUUGGCCGUCGGCCUGCUGAACUUCGGCGACCGCGUCGGCCGCAUCUCCGCCGGCCUCUUCACCAUCAUCGCCAUGGCGUCCAUGAUCUACGCCCUGGUCACCUUCCACUGGCGCGCCCAGAGCAUUCGCAAACGAGGCUCCACCGGCAUCGACGAUCGGUUCGGGCCCUCCGUGCUGGCCCUGUCGCUGUUGGCGGCUGUUAUUGUGAACUUUGUGCUGCGGAUGAAGGAGUAAGGGG